GGACUGGCAGCUUCUAUGGGUCGAUCGAUGACUCGUGCUCCAUUGCUUUAGUCUGGUUAGUGACGUCAUUCCAUCGAUUGCUUCUGCCUGAGGAGAUCAUUGAAUGAAGAUGGCGGCUACUCCGGCAACAAACCCUUCGCAGUUGCUUCCACUUGAACUCGUGGACAAAUGUAUCGGCUCCAGAAUUCACAUCGUCAUGAAAACCGACAAAGAAAUCGUCGGCACCUUGCUGGGGUUUGACGACUUUGUCAACAUGGUCCUGGAGGAUGUGACAGAGUUUGAAAUCACACCGGAGGGGAGGAGGAUAACCAAACUGGACCAGAUUCUACUCAACGGGAAUAACAUCACCAUGCUCAUACCCGGAGGAGAAGGCCCUGAAGUAUGAGAUCCAUCCCUGAGGACGCAGAACAUUCUGUGUUGUUGUUUUUUCCCCUUUGUGCUCCUUAGUUUCUUUCUCUCCAUCAUUCCUUCUCAUUGUUGAAGGAGGAAGUAUUUUUGUAUGGAGGUUCCUGAUUGAGUAUUUCUUUAAAUAUGAAUCACAUCAAACAAAUGUGCUUUUUGUUGUUGUUGUUUUUUACAAAUAAAUGAGAAUCACACGCUUUGAAAAAAA